AUGAGGAAAAAGUUGAAAGCCGAAGCAGGAAUUCUCCUGUUGCUAGUGCUUGUGGGCUUUCCAGCAAGCACAGCGGAGAAAAUAGUGCAUACAGUUGGCAACACUGAUCACUCGCUCGAUUCGGUUUGUGCUGGUGUUAAUGCUGGAAUUAUGCCUCAUCCGGAUCCUUCCAUGUGUUACGCGUUCAUUACGUGCACAUUUGAACAACCGACUGCCUAUCAUUGUGCUGACGAGUUUAUCUUUGACCCGAUCACACUUCGCUGCAUCCACGGCGAUCGGGACCUGUGUCCGGAACGAAAUGAGCCUGACUGGAAUGAGUUUUGCCUGGAGGUGUCGUACGCGUUUUACCAACACCCCAGUAUCUGCUGGGAGUUUGUGUUCUGUUCGCGCGGCACGGUAAAUCGUUUUUCGUGUCCGAUUGGCGAGAUCUGGUCACAGCGAGACGGUGCCUGUGCGCCGGGAAAUUGGGAUACCUGUGAGCUGCUUGACGUUGAAACUUCCUGCCAGGGUCGUCCCGAUGGUGUGCUGGCUUAUCCAACUGACUGUACCAGGUAUCUGCAGUGUGACGAUGGGAAGACAACUAUCGCUGAUUGUCCACGUGGCCAAGUGUUCGAACAACUGGCAGGAGAGUGUGUCGCGGGCAAUACGGAAACGUGCCUGCCUAUCGAUAGCAUCUGCCAGGGCGCAAUCGAUGGAACAGUUCUGGCACAUCCGAAUGAGUGUGAUUUGUUCAUUUUAUGUCAAGCAGGGUCUGCAAACGCACAUCAAUGUCCGGCCGGCGAGAUACUGAACGUGCAGGCCCAGUUCUGUGCUCCUGGCCAACCCGACACCUGUCAGUUUUAUCCAGUGGACACAAUGUGCCAGAAUGCAACCAAUGGUGCGAUUUUUCCAUUUCCGGAUGAUUGUACGCAGUUUGCUGUAUGUAACGGUGGGCAAUCUUCCGUAAUGAAAUGCCCAACGGGACAGAUUCUACACGCUGCCAGUGGAUCCUGUCGACCAGGCAAUACUGAAACAUGCGAGUUCAUUGGAACCGUAUGCCAAGAUCAACCCGAUGGUUUUAUGAUCGCGCAUCCGAGUCUGUGCGCGAUUUUCAUAAUGUGUCAAGGUGGUGCCGUGAGAAUCCAGUCUUGUUCCCAUCACGAAAUUCUACGUCCAGAUGCUCAAUUCUGUGUACCGGGAAAUUCGCUUACCUGUGAGUUUGAGCCAAUCGAUCGGAUGUGCAUAGGACAGAUCGAGACAGUAAACUAUCCACAUCCAACGGAUUGCGCAAUGUUUGUGGUGUGCCAUUUGCAGAAUGCAGUCGCACAAAGCUGCCCACCUGGUAGUGUUUACCACGCACCAUCACGCUCCUGCGUUCCUGGAGACGAAUCCACCUGUGUGCCGUUUGAUAGUCUUUGCUCCGGACGCUCCGAUGGGAUCGUUCCCCAUCCGACAAAGUGUACCGCUUUCGUCUAUUGUUCCUCCGGUCGGCCAGUGUUUGAACAAUGUGCACCGGGUACGAUCUACAAGCAAGGGUUGAGUGGUUGUGUGGUGGGCAAUACGGAGACGUGCACACACGCCACCAACAUCUGCACCGAUCACCCUGACGGAGCGAUGAUGGAGCAUCCGAACGAAUGCAGUCUCAUGGUCAUGUGCAUGAUGCAGCAACCAGCAGUGUUGUUCUGUCCUGCAGGUGAAAUAUUUAACAAGAAUGUUAAAUUUUGUACGCCGGGCGAUGCCAAAUCCUGCCAGAUACAUCCGGUCGAGCGUAUGUGUGGGAAUAUAUCCCACGGAUCGGUGUAUCCCCAUCCGAACGAUUGCACUCAGUAUGUUCGUUGCAAUGGCGGCCGACCGAUCACCACGGCUUGUCCAGUCGGACACGUCCUACACCCUGGCAGUGGAUCUUGCCGGCCUGGCAAUACCAACACAUGUGAGUUCAUCGAAAACGUAUGUCACAAUCAAUCCGACGGCUCCGUAUUGAAGCAUCCCAGCCAUUGUGGACAUUUCAUUUGGUGCCAAGGCGGAGCGAUGUCCAUCCAACCGUGUCCCAUUGGGGAGAUCCUUCAACCGGACACUCAGUUGUGUGUGCCUGGAGAUGCAAACAGCUGCGAGUUUCAUCCCAUCGAUCAAAUGUGUUUAAACAGGGCUGAUAGCACACGCUUCCCGCAUCCUUCGGAAUGCUCACAGUUUGUAGCAUGCCAAGGCCAGAAGGCAAUUGUGCAGAGUUGCCCUAGUGGAAGUGUCUACCACGCCCCAACGCGUUCCUGCGUUCCCGGCAACGAAGCCACUUGCGAGCGGUUUGACAAUAUCUGUUCAGGGCCUCAGAAUGAGCUCAUUCCCCAUCCACUGGUUUGCACAGCUUACAUUCACUGCACCUCGGGCAUGGCAGUGUUCGAGCAGUGUGCUAUAGGAACGGUAUUCGAUCGAGAACUGAGAGGUUGCAUCUUGGGCAAUACAAAAACAUGCGUACGGGUUGAUGGGUUGUGCGAACAGCAACCGAAUGGAGUGAUUCUUGCACAUCCAAACGAGUGUGAUCUUUACGUCAUGUGUUUUGACCACGAGCCUUCCCCACUACGGUGUCCAGCUGGAGAGAUCCUCAACGCACAAGCACAAUUCUGCACACCGGGCAUGGUUGAUACCUGUCAAUUCCACCCAGUGGAGACAAUGUGUACAAAUGUUCAGGACAACACCGUAUAUCCUCACCCGGACGAUUGCGCUCGGUUUAUAAAAUGCAACGUUGGCAAGGCAAUAGUGAACGAUUGUCCAGCUGGAGAAAUACUACACGGGUUGUCCAAAUCAUGCAAACCGGGAAACGCAAAGACGUGCAAGUUCCUCGACAGUGUUUGUCACGGGCAUCCAGAUGGAUUUGUAGUUGAGCAUCCAAGUCACUGUGGUCACUUUAUAAAAUGUCGGCAUGGAGCUGCAACGGUUGAUUCCUGUCCGAAGGGAGAGAUCUUACGUGCAGACAUGCAGGUCUGUGUGCCAGGAAAUACAUCUACGUGUGAGGUUGAACCUAUCGAGCGAACUUGUGUGGGGAAGCCUAAUGGUCGAGUUUAUCCGUAUCGUACCGAUUGCCAUUCGUACAUUCGUUGUCAAAGCUCGGUGGCAGUUGUGGAGAACUGUCGUCCCGGAACUAUCUUCCUCGCAAAGGCUCAAAGCUGUGUAGCUGGAAAUGGAAAUACCUGCUCAUUCCUCGACGAUACCUGCGCCGGACGUCGUGAUGGAGUUCUUCCUCAUCCGCAGGGCUGUGAACUGUUCCUCAUGUGUACUUCCGGUAUCACGUCGGCUCUAAGCUGUCCAGAAGGGGAGAUCUUGCAUCCCGAGUUCCUCGUGUGUGCGGCUGGUAACGCAGAUGAUUGUUCGCUGACUCCGGUUACCACCGAGCCCCCCAUCAUCUCGGUGUGCGAAGGACGUCCUGAUGGGAAUUACACUCAUCCGCUGCUGUGCUAUCUGUUCAUUCGUUGCACGAACGGAGACACGGAGAUCCUAACCUGUCCGCCAAACCAGAUCUUUGUUGGCGCCAUUCGAAACUGUGCUCCAGGUAAUCAAGGGACUUGUAUACCACUUUGA